AAAUACUACUGCAAGAUUUAGUACUAUGUGUUCGUACAAAGAAUUGAAUAUAUACAGCUUUAUGUGCACCAUUUUCCCUCGUGCCCAUAAAGUUUUCCCAUUUACCCCUUCCCCUCUCGCUCUCUCUCUCCCAUUUACACCUAGAAAAUUGCAGUCGGUAGUCCCAGAUGCACAAAGCUUCCCUUCAAGAACUCAGAGUUGUGAUACAGUUUCAUUCUCAAUUUUCAAGAAUAUGGCUGUGGUAGAAGAACAAGCCUAUGUUAGGGCAAAUUUCUUGUCGUAUACAGCUCUUCUUUGAUUUAUAGUGAUAGAAUGGAUUCAAGUGCACAUAACUCUGGUUCCUCAGAGUUGGGUUUGGAUUUGGAGAGAGAGUAUGACAUCAAUCUCAAUCUCCCUGGUUCAAGUCCACCGCCAUUGCAGAGCUUAGCUGCAGGAGGCUCCGAGAGCAAUGCUGCUUACUUCUCAUGGCCGGCUUGUAGGAUAGGUGAUGCAGCCGAGGAUAGAACACAUUACUUUGGCAAUCUUCAAAAGGGGGUUUUGCCGGAGAUCCAUGGGGGGCGCCCAACGGGGUUGCAGGCCACUACCUUGCUCGAGCUGAUGACUAUUAGGGCAUUUCACAGCAAGCUUCUGAGGCGGUUUAGUCUCGGUACAGCCAUUGGGCUUCGUAUCCGGAGGGGCUCUUUGACUGAUAUACCAGCUAUACUUGUCUUUGUUGGUAGAAAAGUUCAUAGGCAAUGGCUCAACCCUGCUGAAUGCCUACCUACAGCUCUUGAGGGACCUGGAGGUGUUUGGUGUGAAGUUGAUGUGGUCGAAUUCUCCUACUACGGAGCGCCUGCAGCUACCCCGAAAGAGCAGUUCUACGCUGAGCUAGUGGAUGGAUUUGGUGGGAGUGAUCCAUGCAUUGGAUCUGGUUCUCAGGUUGCUAGCCAAGAAACCUUUGGAACAUUAGGUGCAAUUGUUAGAAGCAGAACAGGAAAUAGGCAGGUUGGUUUCCUCACAAAUAGGCAUGUAGCUGUGGAUCUUGAUUUCCCAAGUCAAAAAAUGUUCCAUCCGUUGCCACCAAGCCUCGGACCGGGUGUCUAUCUAGGCGCAGUUGAGAGAGCUACUUCCUUCAUCAGUGACGAUCGUUGGUAUGGUACUUUUGCAGGAACAAAUCCAGAGACAUUUGUACAUGCUGAUGGAGCCUUCAUCCCAUUCGCGGAUGACUUCAACAUGAGAAACGCCACCACACUCGUGAAAGGCAUAGGCGAGAUAGGCAAAGUCAACAAAAUCGACCUGCAGUGUCGCGUGGAGAGCCUCGUUGGGAGGCAAGUUGAGAAAGUUGGGAGGAGUUCUGGUCUGACAAGUGGUACUAUAAUGGCAUAUUCUCUAGAAUACAACGACGAAAAAGGGAUGUGUUUCUUCACUGAUUUUCUUGUUGUUGGAGAGAAUCAGCACACCUUUGAUCUUGAAGGUGACAGUGGCAGCCUCAUACUAUUAACCAGCACCAAUGGAGAAAAGCCCUGCCCCGUUGGGAUCAUUUGGGGCGGGACAUCUAACCGGGGACGUUUGAAGUUGAAAGUAGGGCAGCCUCCGGAGAACUGGACUAGCGGAGUUGAUUUGGGGCGUCUCCUUGAUCUCCUUGAACUUGAUCUCAUCACUUGUGCACAAGGCCUUCAAGAUCCUCUGCAGGAGCAGAGGAGUGCAUCGGAUGCACGAGACUCGACUUCUUGGCCGAUAGAGUGGGCCUCGGCCAAGGAUAAGUCGGAGGACAACUACGACGUUCAUGCUCUAAGCAUUCCUCAGGCUUCUAGCGAUGAUGAUUCACCGCCCUUGUUUAGGAAUGAUGAGUUUCACAUCGAGAGUCGUCUUGAGGCAGCUCCGGUGGUCGAGCAUCAGUUCAUUGCUAGGUUUUCGGGCGAAUCUCCGGCAAACCAAGAGGAGAGGGAUAGUGAGAGUGCACAAGAAAUUUCUGUUUCUUUGCAGUUAGGUGAAGCAGAAUGUAAGAAAAGAAAGCUGUCUUAUUCGCCUAAAUGAAACUAGAAGCGUGUUUCGCAUUAGCACUUCCCUAUUUUUUCGUCCAUAUAGUAAUCGUGAAUGUUGUAAUUAUAGGCCUUUUUUGUGUGAGGGAGAAACAUAACCUCAUUGUUUACUGCUUUCUUUAUGUAAUUGUGUACAAUCAUAUUCUUGUUAAUACAUUUCAUAUUCUCAUA